AUGCCAAAUAGCAAAGAAGCGAGAAAAAAGAAUCAAAGACAGUUUGGUUGGUUAUAUGAGUUUCGAUCGUCCAGGCGGUGCGGAAAGGAUCGAGCCUGGCCCAUUCUGUACACGAACUACCUGUUGCGGUGCCUUGUCGAUGCGGUGGCCGUCUGCGCGAGGGAUUCGUCGAGGAUCACCUCGAUCACCAUCGACGGGAUCCCACUGUCUUCGAAGUAUCUGAACAUCCUCUACUCCGGUCUGCGGGACAACGAGAAGCUCACACAUUUGUCGCUAACGAGAUGCCGCAUCGGUGACGUUGGUUGUAACGCGCUGCUAGAAUGUUUGGCGAACGUUCCGAAUGUAUGUGUCCUGAAUCUGUCGGGGUGUCGAUUGACCAGGAGGAGUGCUGCGAGCUUGUCCCUGUUUUUGAAGAGAAGGAGGGCUGACCUGAUGCAGAACGUUUGGGCGGAGUCCCCUGUAGGGUCUCAUCGAGAAAAUUCCGUUAAGAAGGUUCAGGGCCUGCACACGUUGAUUCUGAAUCAGAAUCCAAAAUUCGGCGACAACGGCGUCCGGCAGUUAGUGUGCACUCUAAAAGUCGAUUGUUUGCUGAGAUCGUUGAGCCUGAAACGCUGUGGCAUUACGAAACAGGGCGCAGAGUACAUCAUUUGCGUUCUGCAGUCAAACCAUGUAUUAACAAAGAUAGAUCUCACUCGGAAUCGUAUACCCAUUAAUGUUCUUCAAGUAAUACUGAAACUUCUGAGACGGAACAAGGAUACAACGGAAGGAAAGCCAGCGAAGAAACGAUAUUUCGUGAACUGGAUUACGACGAACAAUAUUCGGAAGCCCGUAACUAAAAUCGAUAAACGCACGAUAGAUCGAUCGAGGAGACUGCAUAGAAAUAUUCUGAAAAAAUGUACGUUGAAGAGGUUCCCGAGGAUACAUGGACGACCAAACGAGCUUAAAGAAAAAAAGAAACGAUGUUCUCUGAAGAAGAAGCGUCUACGUGAGCUGCAGCGCCAAAUGCUGGAUAUAAUUAGUUGUAACGAUAAGCUAAAGGAAGAACUGACUAGCAACAAAGCGUUAUUGGAUGCACAGGUACAAGAACGUUCCAGAACAGAAAACGAGAUGCAGAGAGUAUCGGUGCAAUUGAAUGACCUCAGGAGCAAAGUCAUCAUGGUCAAUUGCCUUCGUUCGAAGCUUCACAAUGACAAUCAGGUGUUACAGAAGGAUCUUCGACAUUUUUUUGAGAAAUUUGAGAAGCUUUUAACGAUGAAACAAACUGAAGUCGAGAAAUUGGACGGUCAGGAUGAUUCCAGUGAACUUGAAUCUUUGUUGUUCCGACAAAAAGGAUAUACCGUAACGAAUUAUUUAGAAAAACAAUCUUAUUAUCCUCCAACGAGAGAAAUAAACAUAACGACUUUAGUGGAGUCGUAA